AUUUAAAAACCCAACUAGAAAUUAACGGGAGGAACAAUUUGAUCCAACAGAAAACUGCAGCGGCGAUGCUUGCCCAGCAGAUGCAAUUCAUGUUUCCAGGAACGCCACUUCAUCCAGUUCCUACGUUUCCUGUAGGUCCAGCACUAGGAACAAAUGCAGCAAUUAGUUUUGCUCCUUACUUAACACCUGUAACCCCUGGAGUUGGGCUAGUCCCCACUGAAAUUCUACCCACCACACCUGUUAUUGUUCCUGGAAGUCCACCUGUUACAGUCCCUGGCUCAGCUGCAACCCAGAAACUCCUCAGGACAGAUAAACUCGAGGUGUGCAGGGAGUUCCAGAGAGGAAAUUGUGCCCGGGGAGAGACUGACUGCCGCUUUGCCCAUCCUUCAGACAGCACAAUGAUUGAUACAAAUGACAACACUGUAACCGUUUGUAUGGAUUACAUAAAGGGUCGUUGCAUGAGGGAGAAAUGCAAAUAUUUCCACCCUCCUGCACACUUGCAGGCCAAAAUCAAAGCUGCUCAGCACCAAGCCAACCAGGCUGCCGUCGCCGCCCAGGCAGCCGCCGCCGCAGCGACCGUGAUGACUCAGUCGACUGCCAAAGCAAUGAAGCGACCUCUCGAAGCAACUGUAGACCUGGCCUUUCCUCCUGGUGCUCUUCACCCUUUACCAAAGAGACAAGCACUUGAAAAAAGCAACGGUGCCAGCGCCGUCUUUAAUCCCAGCGUCUUGCACUAUCAACAGGCACUAGCCAACGCACAGUUGCAGCAACACACAGCAUUUAUUCCGACAGGGUCAGUUUUGUGCAUGGCACCCGCUACCAGUAUUGAUAAUACUGAAAUAAUCAGCAGAAAUGGAAUGGAAUGCCAAGAAACCGCAUUGAGAAUAACAAAACAUUGUUACUGUACAUACUAUCCUGUUUCCUCCUCGAUAGAAUUGCCACAAACUGCAUGCUAAAUAAAAAUGUAGUUCUUCUGGACAGAUCACAAACUCUAAGAAGCUAGUGCUGCUAUAUCAUAUAUGAGUAUUAAAUAUGGUAUGCUUAGUAUAUUCCAACCUAAAAUAGUUAACUACCUGAUGCCAGCUGUGAUGUUUAAAGACAUAAAGGGUAAAGUUUACUUUCAGAAGUUCUCUAAACAUGGUUUUCUGUCCUAGGAAUAUUGUCUUAUCUCCAUAACUAUAGCUGAUGCAGAAAGCCCAACCAAUUUCUUCUUUUCAGACUCAGAACAUUUCCAAUUUAGCAAUAAUCAGUUUGCAUUGGUUCCAAACCUGUCCCAAGUGCAGGUGAAAUUCUCACUCGAAUUAUUAUCGUUUCCUUUGCCCACUUAAUCAAAGGGUAAGUGUUCACUUCUCAAUGAGAUGAUGCUGCAGCAAAAAAGGAAGUGAAGUAAAACUAAGACCCGUCCUACGGGUCUCAAAUUCUAAUGGAAAAAUCCAAGGACAAGCACAAGUUCUGGGGAUGCAUCAAAGCAUAGUGUUUGGCUUGCCUGGAGAUGCUGUGUUGAAUCAUGUGAUUCUAGAAUAAGAGAAAUAGAUGAAAAGAAACAAAAACUUUGCACGGUAUGAGCUUCAUACCCCCAACCAACAAAGUCUUGAAGGUAUUAUUUUACAAAUAUAUUUUUAAUGUUGUUUUAUAAGAGAGACUUUGCAGAAGUGCCUAAAUUUUGCCAGACUUCAUCCAGCUUGAAGGAAAAGAGGCCAAUGCCAACAAUCUAAUCUUAAGUGAUUAGUCUUUCAAACUCACCAUCCGGUUGCCUGUCACAGAAUAACACUUUGAAACUAAAGAUGUACGUAGUAAAAUAAAAUAAAGAAGCUGUAGGUGAGGAGAUCUGUAUAAUAUUCUAAUUUAAGUAAAUCUGAAGUUAGUCACUUAAAAUCUGACUGUGACUUUAAUCUAAAUUACUAUGUAAACAAACAACAAAAGUAGAUAGUUUCACUUUUAAAAAUCCAUUACUGUUUUACAUUUUAAAAGUUGAAUUAAAGGGUUGUAACUGACUACAGCAUGGAAAAAUAGUUCUUUUAAUCU